UUCAAAGCAUCACAGCACCUAUUACAAAGCAGAAACAAAAACUAAUAAGCUAAGUAGAUACACAAGUACGAAAUGGAGAAUCCAAUUAUCCAACAAAGUUCAACCCAUGAUGAAUGGGAAAGAGAGCUAAAGGCUUUCGAUGACACCAAACUCGGUGUCAAAGGACUUGUUGAUAAUGGUGUGACCAAAGUUCCUUUAAUUUUUACAAAAUUUCAAGCAUCCAAAGCAUCGUCACCGCCAUCUGACGACGAGUUUCUUCAGGUUCCAGUGAUUGAUCUCGGACUUAUUGGAAAUUCGUCGAAAGAUACUGGUGGUGUUGCAAGAAAAGACAUCGUGACAAAGGUUCGUCAAGCUUGUGAAAAAUAUGGGUUUUUCCAAAUCGUGAAUCAUGGGAUCCCCCAAGAAAUUCUUGAUGAGAUGAAAGAAGGAACUCGUAGGUUUCAUGAGGAACCAAAUGAUGUGAAGAAAGUAUAUUAUAGCCGCGACAGGUUAAAGAAAGUGAGAUUUACGAGUAAUUAUGACCUAUAUCAAGCAAAAGCAGCAAACUGGAGAGAUUCUUUAAUUUCUCUUAUGCUUCCUGAGCCUCCAAAACCUGAGGAAUUUCCUGAGACUUGCAGGGACAUCACGAUUUGUUAUUCAGAAUAUGCUUACAAAUUAGGACUCACCCUGUUCGAGUUGCUAUCAGAGGCUUUAGGACUGAAGCCUAAACACUUGGAAGAAAUGGAGUGUGCCCAAGGAAUGUUUCUAUUAUCUCACUACUACCCAGCAUGUCCUGAACCAGAUAAAACAAUUGGAAACAAAGCACACACAGACCCAAAUUUCCUCACUAUUCUUCUCCAAGAUCACACUGGUGGCCUCCAAGUGUUGGUUGAAAAUCGCUGGAUUGAUGUUAAGCCAGUGGAGGGAGCCUUAGUCAUUAAUAUUGGAGACCUAACCCAGCUUAUCAGUAAUGACAAAUUCAAGAGCAUCAAGCACAGAGUUUUAGCACCUGGAGCAACACCAAGGAUAUCAGUGGCUUGCUUUUUCACUACUAAUACUAUGUAUCCAACUAAUAGACUUUAUGGUCCCAUAAAAGAAAUAUUAUCAGAAGAAAAUCCUGCCAUUUACAGGGAAACAACUAUAAAAGAUUUUACUAUCCAAUUCGAUUUAAGACUUGGAAUGACCCCGACACUCGAGUAUUACAGGAUUUGAAGUAACCUUCCAUCCUCCAUAUAUAUUUGAAGUAGUAUAACCGUUAAGUAUAGUCAUAUAAUAUAUAAUAAUAUAUUAUAUAUGUGUGGUUGUUGUUAUGUUAUUACCUGUUUGGUAUGCUUCACAGAAUAAGGUUCACAGUAGAAGACCCGACGAAAUAAUUAAGGUCUGAUAAUAUUGUAUUUGAUGUAAUGUAAUGUUAUAUGAAGAAUAAAUAAAAUAUUUAUAAUAUACGGUGUGCGGUUGUUAGUUGUUA